AUGUUGUUAUAUUCGCGGAAAGCAGUACGAAACUUCAACAUGUUGUCAACCUUGUAUCGAAGCUGGCUGCAGCCUAUGGGACUACGCCUACACCCUGAUAAAUGCAAGCAGAUGUGGAUCUCUUCGAGACCUCGAACGGGAAUCAGGGUGGACGGACAACCGAUAGAACUCGUCGAUGAGUUCUGUUACCUGGGCUGUAUGCUGAAGAACAACGGCAGCUACGAGAGAGAUGUUCAGCAAAGAUGCGCUAAGGCCACUUUUGCAUCUAACUCCUUAACGAAAUGUCUGUGGUCGACUCCCAUCACCAACGAAGUCAAGCUGCGAGUCUACCUAUCCGCAAAACGCCCCAUCAUGAUGUACGGAUCGGAGACUUGGGCAGCACCAUUAACGGUUAUGGAGAGGCUUGACUGCACGGAACGAAAGCUGCUUAGACGACUACUUGGCUACUUUUGGCCUAGGGUAUGCCACAAUGAAGAUCUUUACGCAGAAAUUGAUGUGGUUUACCGGACACGUGGAAGAUAUCAACAUCUUGCACCGCCUUCGAAAGCGGCUAAAGUAAAUCGUCUUCGCUUCUUUGGUCAUAUAUUAAGGAAACCGGCAGAUCGCCUUGUCCAACGAGUUCUGAAGAGUUCGUCGGGUUCGAGCUGGAAGAAGCCACCUGGCCGAAAACGGAAGUUCUGGACUGAGGUGGUAAAAGAGGACCUGAGAACACUCGGCGUGGAUAGGCAGUUCAGGCGAGAUGUAAGGUUUCGCAGAACAUGGAAUAGCGACGAAUGGAUUGAUUCUGUGCAAGCUCUCGCAGAAGAUCGAGAAGGUUGGGCAGAGCUGUGUUCAAGGACGGCACACCUCGGCGAAGAUGCGGUUAUAUUGAUCGUAGGCUUCUACGUCUUCGCCAUCAUUGUGGUGCAUCCUACAAUAGAAGUCCAAGAAUUAUUUUAUAUGCUAGAUCCUUUCUCCACUGCCUCUUCAGUUUUCAAAAUAGAGACGUACUUGGUUGCCAUGCGCAUGGCAAUUUCUUCUUUUGGUUUGUGUGUGUUCGGAUUAUUUUGUACAUCCUCCUACAGAAAAAGAGAAGGAAGAAGCUAUCAAACAACAGUCCUGAUCUUUUGUUUCAAUUUCCUCAUAAGUGUUCUUUCGACGAUCGCAACGCUGGCGAUGUUGUGGUGGGAUCAGAGACUCCGCUUUGGUUUGCUCACCAGCAUGCAAACUAAAAUAGCAGGAAUUCGCUUCGCUGUUGCUGCAAUACCGGAACAUUUUGCUCGCCUAGACGCCCAAUUAAUGAGUUCCACGCUUAUUAUGUAUUACAUUCCACCACUUUUAAUGAAUAUUUCUUCGUCUUUUGGGAUUGUUUUCGUUAUCCAUGCGUUACUUCGGGAUUUCUUGCCUGGAUACAACGUUGUGUUUAAAUGGCUCUCGAUGAGUUUAUUCUGUUGUGCGAGUGCCACUUAUUUCGUAUUCGUUACAAUGAAGCUCGGAGAUGGAGAUGUACCUUUAGAAGCGUAUAUUAUAAAUUGUACUAAAUACUUCUUCAUCUGCCUGAAUGUCGUUGUGUUCGUUCACAUCUAUGGGUCCCAUGACUAUGAGUUGGACACUGCCAGCAUACUAGGUGAAAGGCAAGGGUGGUCCUCCGUUUUUAACGCUACGUGGACACUUAGGGCCUACAGCUACUCCAUCAUUGCUGUAAUGGUGGUUCAAGUUAUAGAAUGCAAUAGAACGCUCAGUUGGUUGCAGUUUCGUCAGCUCUACGGUGAGGAUUACGUAGAAAAAGAAAAAAUAAGCUUAAGUGAAUGGCAAUAUCUGACGAUGUCAUUAAUUGUUUUAUCACUCUAUCUUUUCCCUUUUCUCAAACCAGCCUGGGAUAUCAUCACUAUAGAUACGUUUGAGAAUAUACGGGAGCUGUUCAAUAUUUCCUCUGCACAUCCAUCUUAUGAAAGGCGAACCGAUCUCCGUGCUUUUGAAAAAACGGCUAUUGGAGACGUGCAUUUCUCUGAUACUAGUGAGAAACCACUGGAAUCAACCUCAUCGAGGCGACCACGAGAAGCAGACUCCGGUUCUGCACCGAGUCACCGUACCCCUUCUAGCACAUCUAAAUCAUCUAGACCAUCAACACCACAACCUCCACAAUCAACACCACAACCUCCAACGUCACCUCUUGAAAAAACUAAAUCCACGACCGCAGCCUCUUCUGGUACUGCGACUCAAAGCACAUCCGAAGUAUCAGUCACACCUCAACAUAGCGCCCCAUCAACUCCUAUACCAAAUUAG